AACACUGCUACAGAUCUUCUGCACCGACAGAGCGCUUUUCCCCAGCAGUGCAACGCCCUUCGCUAAGAGAAACGUGACAUUAAAUGUCACCGAAAAAAUCUGAACGGACAGGCUGGACUGGGAAGUUGGCAAUACUAACCCUGAAGAAGGAUGGGAAUCCUUUGGUUGAUAGCAACGGUAGAGGGAUCUGACCGUCGAACUAACAGGAGCCGGGCAAAACUGGAAGAUUUUCCCUUUAUUCGACUUACGUGACACCCCCCCCCCCCCCCGGUUUCAGGAAAGCGACGCAGGGCUAGCCCCCGGAUUUCCAACCACCAGAAACUACUUGGGGGGGAGACCCCCGAGAAGUCUCAUGAUGGGAAGCUAGGCUGGGAAGUUGGAAAGAAAUCCGAGGUGAAGGAAAUGACCGACCGUCUUGGCAGGACCGGAAAGAAGAUUGUGGGGCUGUGGUCUCAGAUCACAAGCUUGCCUUGAAAGAGGGUUGAUUGACCUCAACGCUCCUAAGAGCCCACGUGGGAGGCAGGAGAAAAUCAGAUGAGGCUAGAUUAGGGUUUCUCAGCCUCAGCAAUUUUAUGUUGCGUGGACUUCAACUCCCAGAAUUCCCCAGCCAGCCUGGUCUAGAAUUUAAUUCAUUUUGCUUUCUCUUUUCUUAGGUAUCAUUCAGGCAGCUGAAAGUAACCCCUCGCGUGCGGCUGUUUGUCCAGGCUACCCCGAUGUCCGGAGAGAAUCGCAAGGCCAAAUCCAUAGCCCCCUGUCCCGAGGGGCGACUUCCAGCAGCUGUACUUGGGUGAUCGUGGGUGGGCCUGACGAUGUCAUCUACAUUGGGUUCCAGCGCUUCUAUCUUCCCUGUGGCUCAGAGAUGCUGAUAAUCCGCUCGCCCUCUCAGCCGUCCAGGAAAAUCUGCGGUUAUAAAAUCCCAGAGCCCCUUCGAAUAAAGGGAGGCAACGUGACCGUGACUUACAGCUGGAAGUUUUGGGCAAGAAAUGGAUUUCAGCUGAAAUAUGAAAAAGAAUCUAAAACACAGCCUGCUGUCUCAUGUAACCGCACCUUGGACAACUUCUACGGGGUAAUUUACUCACCGGCCUUUGGCUCAGACUCAUACCUGGGAGCUGCGCAUUGCCAGUGGGUCCUUGAUGCCCACGACAGCCGUCCCCUCACCAUUCGUUUCACAGUCCUCAACUUAGAUAUCGGGGACUCCCUCCGGGUGUACGAUGGGGCUCCUGGGGCCCCGCCCCACCCUCACCUGCUGCGCAACUUGGAUUACACCAGCAACAAUAAGGUCGUGUCUGUGGACUCCCCCUCCAGCCGGGCCUGGGUCACCUACCAGGCGGCGCCAGGAACAGAAGGCCGCGGCUUCAACGCCACAUACCACGUGCAAGGUUUCUGCGUGCCGUGGGAUUUCCCCUGCGGUGGAGAAAGCGGGGAGGGGGCUACGUGCUACAGCGCUGCUGAGCGCUGCGAUGGAAACUGGGACUGCGCCAAUGGUGCCGAUGAGGACAGCUGUCACGGCUGCCCGCCAGGGCAAUACGCCUGCGGAGGACGAGGCAUCGGGGGCACCAUCUGCUACGGGCCCGCCGACCGCUGCAACUACCAGACGUUUUGUGCCGACGCUGCGGACGAGCGCCACUGCUACACCUGCCAACCUGGCAACUUCCGCUGCCGUGACGGGCGCUGCAUCUACGAGAGCUGGGUGUGCGACGGGCAGGCGGACUGCGUCGACACUUCCGAUGAGGCGGAUUGCUCCUACAUCCUGCCGCGCAAGGUGGUGACGGCAGCCGUCAUCGGCAGCCUGGUGUGCGGUCUUCUUCUGGUCAUAGCGCUCGGCUGCACGUGCCGUCUGUAUGCACUCCGAAGCCAUGAAUUUGGGGUCUUAGCACCCAUGUCACGGAUGGAAGCGCAAUUUGUUCAGCGCCAGGCUCCACCAUCUUAUGGGCAGCUCAUUGCUCGUGGUGUUAUUCCUCCAGUAGAAGGCUUCCCAGUUGAGCAUCCGAGUCAAAAUUCGGUCCUGGGAAAUUUGCGUGGUCUGCUGCAUUUGUUGCGGCGGGCCCCCGCCAGCCGUCCUGGUGCUGGUGGGGGCCGUCGCUCUCAUCACAGCCGCUUCUUACGACGUUUAACGAGGCGAAUGCGCCGGUUGGGGCUCCUCCCUCGCCCAGCCAACCCUGCCUCGUCUUCCACGGCGGCUGCCAUGACCACCCCUGGCUCGUCUUCGCCUUCUGCUCCUGAUGACCUGGCGUCUUGUGGGAAUGAAGAUGCUUCUUCCCAUCUUCCAGAAGACCAGCCCCUGCCUCUUCCGCAGAAGGUCCCACCAACUCCUGCAGAAUCCACACCGGAGGCUCAAGUCCCACGUCCUGCUCCACGGUUUUCAGGGGUGAUGCACAGCCUCCGAGUUCGGCUCUUCUCCCCCACGCCCACCUGCUCUGCCGAAGCUGGGGAGGACCCCCUGAACACGUCUCCAUCUCUUGAUGACGAAGAUGAUGUGCUCCUCAUUCCUCUCACCGACCCGCAACUCCAGAGCCUUCACGCCACCACAAGCUGGGAUGCUGACGAUGAGCCCCUUCUGACUUGAGAAAUGUUGCUGGACAUUGCCUUUAUGAAACGUGUAACCAGUGAUAGACGACAGAGAGUCAGGCAUACUUUUUUUCCCUGCAGAUCCCCUUCCUUCCACAAGUCUUUUUUUUUUUUUGGCAUGUGAGAAAUGAAAGAAAUCCUUGGCCAUUUAGAAAAACAAAUCUUUAAAAAUGAUUUCCUCUUCUUGGCAUUUGACCGUCAGAAUGGUCUGAUUUGGCCCUUGAAGUCCGCUUCCCUUGCUGAUGUCCGGAGGAUUGCAGAAAUCUCUUUGGCUCACCAGAGCAGUUGUUUUCUGGCCUCUUAAAUCCUGAUUUUUAGAAGGGAUGAUUCUCUUCUGAAAUUGCAAUUUUUGAUCUCAAGCAAGAACUUACACAAUUCUUUAGAGAGGUUUUGGCACUGAGAUGGGGGCUUGCCUUGAAAGCGAUAAAAGUACAUGCACUUGACAUUUUAAAAAUUGUUCUUAGAAAAUGAGGAGGAGGGGAUGGAAACGAAAAAUGUUCUUUGGAGAAACACUACAGUUAUUUGCUUGACUAAAAAUGAAGGAAGCGAAGAUACCUGUGCAACCAUCUAGAAUAACCUUUAGAGACGUGGCAGCUUCUCUAAAGGGCAAUAAUUUUCUUUUUCCUAAAGGCAGUGGCAGCAGUGAUUGACCUCCAAAUUGUCUAUCUCACGUGGGAACGAAAUGUUUAUUUUUGUGAAUUUAUGGAAAGGGGGAAAGCUGAAAAUCUAGUAAUUCCACUGGAACUAUUUUUGCGAUCACGUUUUACAGUGCAAUCUUUUCCUAACAAAUCGUUCUGUUUGCGUUCAGUGGGAGUGAAUCCUAGAUUUUAAAAAAUCUAUAGCGUUGCAGUGUUGGGGAAAGGAGGAAGGUAGAAAAUGCUUUGAAUCUUCUGUUGAUAAAUCUUUUGUAAGUAAAUUAUUUUUUAAAAGCACAGCCAAUAGAAAAAAAAAGAAAUUUUGCACAUGGAAUGUCCAAUCAGUUGUAAAUAAGCAACAUUUUGUAUGAAGGAUAAAAGGAAUCUUUUAAGGGCGGAGAUCAGUUAUAAAUUUAGUAGUAGUAAUUGCUGAUUAUUUCCUUCACAGUGACAAACAGGAGGCAAAUAUACACCCGACUACAGUGAAAUAAAUGUGAUUUAGGCUGUUGUGAAAAGGAAAGGCUUAAAUCAAAGUUAAAAGGCUUCAAUCAAGUUCUUAAAGUGUUCUUAAAUGAGGUUAUUUCACGCCAGUGAAGUGGCAACUGGCUUUUUUCAAGCAGGUGGAUCUGGAUUUCAAUUUCAGAAUUCCCAAAAGCAAAAAAAAAUUCCCCUGUAGGACUAAAUGGGGUUGAAGUGGUCUGUUGCAGAAAGAUAUCCUACAUUUGCAUCUUGACUUAGAUUAAAUCCACUGAAAUCCACGUUAACAAAUUCAGCAUUUUUUUUAAACAAAUCUCAGCUUUGUUUACCCUAACACUGACUAGAUUCAGCUCCAUCUUUCUGAAUACCGUCUGAUUUUUUUUUUAAAAAGCGGUGCCUCGAUUUUAAUCAUAUUUUAGGCAAGAGGGGGGGAAAAAAAGGAAAGGCAUAAAAUCUUUGUUGAAUCUCUGCCCGGUCAUUUAUUUACCUGUUUUUGCAAAGCCCACAGAAUGCAAAUCAAGCGGAACAUUGCAAAAUAAACUUGAAAAGGAA